GUGUCCCAACAAAGAAUAUCACGUCUCCACUCUUUCUCAAUUCUACACCGAUGGACCCUUGAGCGCACACCAGAGCUUCGCCUAUCACCUUCCGUUUCUGAGCUGCGGUGUGGUUUUGGUGCGACCUUGAAAAAGAAAGCUCUAAGCACGCUGCAUUUAGACGAUUGCCCAUACGAUUGAGCUUGGCAGAGGAGAACAGAUCAAGCGCGGAAAGAUAUGGCGACGACUGCUGGGUAUGGCUGCUCUUCCCCUUUGCCUUUGACAAUUGAGUCAUCUGCGCCGAGAGCUUCAGUGACUGACUUGGAGCUUUCUAGGGCUUUCAUAGCCGGCGGCAUCGCCGCUUGCGGCGCCGUCACGGCCACGCACCCCUUCGAGACGGUCAAGAUCCGAAUGCAGCUCCAAGGCGAACUCCAAUCCAAGGGCCACCAACCGCACCACUACCGCGGGCCCAUCCACGGCGUCAGCGUCAUCAUCCGCAAUGAGGGCGUCAAGGGCAUCUACCGCAGCAUCGGCUGCGCCUACAUCUACCAAGUGUUGCUGAACGGCUGCCGUCUGGGCUUCUACGAGCCCAUGCGUGGCACCCUGGCCCAGGUCAUCCUGAAAGACUCCACCAAGCAAAACCUCGGCAUAAACAUGUUCUGCGGCGCCUCGUCGGGCAUGAUCGGUGCGGCGGCUGGGUCGCCUUUCUUUUUGGUCAAGACAAGGCUGCAGAGCUUUAGUCCCUUUUUGCCCGUGGGCACGCAGCAUCGGUACCGCAAUGCGGUUGAUGGGAUGCGGUCGAUUUAUAGUGCUGAGGGAGUCAGGGGACUGUAUCGGGGUGUGGGUGCGGCAAUGAUCAGGACGGGCUCCGGGAGUAGUGUGCAGUUGCCGACGUAUUUCUUUGCCAAGCGAAGGCUAGUCAGGCAUCUGGGUAUGGAGGAGGGUGCACCGUUGCAUUUGGCGAGUAGCACGGUGAGCGGGUUUGUGGCGUGCUGUUUUAUGCACCCGCCUGACACUAUUAUGUCGCGCCUCUACAACCAAAACGGCAAUUUGUACAAGGGCGUGUUUGAUUGCCUAGGCAAGACCAUCAAGACGGAGGGAGUACUGGCGGUAUACAAGGGCUUCUUGCCGCAUCUAGCGCGGAUAUUACCGCAUACUAUUUUGACACUGAGUCUGGCAGAGCAGACCAACAAGUUGAUGCGCAAGCUUGAGAACAGGAUCCUGCCGGAGUCGGCACUGAGUAAGGCUUGAAUGGAGCCCUUACUUGUAGGAUGAGAGGGCAGAGCAGAUAUAGCCUGUAGCUGUAGGUUAAGUCAUCUCCACAGGGGUGGCUUGUACGCGGCUCGUACUAUUUUUACUUGGCCGUGUCGGU